AUGGCAUUCCGACAGAGACCGAGCCGAGGAGCAUGCGAUGAUGACCCGGAAGCCGGGCCCGGACCAAGCACCGCCAGAUUCUACUCCAGGUCGGACACUAUACCACAUGUUAGCGAUCCUUACAACUCUACCUCAACAUCACCGGAUGACGACUCAAGAACCCUUUACAGCGAUGAGGAACUCAUAGUCACUGCUGACACGUACCCUACGCCAAACGAUGAUUAUCAAGUUCCCGAACCUAUUGAAGAAGAACUGGCUUCACAUGUAGCCAUAUUUCUUCCAUCGGGCUCGUCUCGCGACUCGGAUCCUCAGACUGCACAGGGUGUUCGGUGGUGCAACGAAAUCUUAUCUGUUGGCUUAUACAAACCGCAUUCACAUCCGGAAGGGGAAGUUCAGUCAGCGGAAAUGGCAACUACUCCGCCCACACGCCGCAGGGCUAUCUCACUCGAUGCUUUCGACGGAGUUCCUUCAUUUGGCACCCCGGAAGCCAUUGCUGCUUCUGCUCAAUUCAUUCGUGAUCCAUUUCCACCUAACAAUCAGCGCGUACGUUCUCUCAAUACGGCGGCGAUCAGGAGAUUGUUUGGUAUUCAGUCUCCUAUUCAACCCCUACCUACACCUUCGCCUUCGCCCCCAGCUACGACCACGGCUGCCACAACUAUACAAUCAGUUCGAGGUAUUGGCCGAGCCCCUGAUGGAACGAGGGUACUUGGUGGAUUUGGCUAUAGGCAAAGUGGCCAUGGUACGGAUCUCGCGCAGGAACUAGAUGAUCACACUUUUCACGUGAAUAAUAUUCCACUGGCAGCUCCAUCAAUUACUCCAGCUGAGGAUAACCCGGCCGAAUCCAGAAGGACAAGGGUUGGGACAGCGGCUGAAACUUCAAGUUUCAAGAGUACCUUGUCUCUUCCGAAAAGAUACGCCAGACUGUUUAGACCUUCUAUCGCAGAAAUGUUCGCUUCUACAUCUCCGGACCCUGGGUCAUCGCCUACUCGAUCAUCUCCUCGAUCAUCUUCUCGAUCGCCUGCUCGAUCGCCUUCUCGAGAUUUCACUGCAGAUUCUGCUCUAGAUUCUAUUACAAUGGUAGCACCUCCGCGAAAUCCAGCUAGAAUCAGAGAUCAGCGUCGACAAUACCCAGGGCAGGACGGUCUAUCCAACUCUUUUCAGAGACACACAGUUGUCAACCAGAUAAUCCAAGAGGAAGAACCAGAUACCGAACCUGAACCUGUGCCUCAGCCAAAUGCAGCUUACAUUCGUUUGUCUCGUAUUCAUAUGCAACUGUCUCUAUGCUGUUGUCUAGGCGGCCGAAUUGUCGAAGUUAUCAAUCAAGGAACAGGCCAGGGAACAGGUCAGGGAACAAACCAGGGAACGCCACUCGAGCCCAUUACCUCCCAAGAUAGCUACGUAACAGCGCCAAGUCAGUCAUCUCCGGUUCGAAAUGGAAGUCCACAGCGUCGUGAGAGCAAUCAUGAUGAUAUUACAGAGCAGCCCGAACGCCGCGUGUGGACUCCGGUGUCUAACUUUGUUCGUCGGGGCGCCGCUGUUUUGAAACAGCGUAUCCCGUAA